CACACCUUCAAGUUACCCUAUUACUUACUACAUACUAUAUAUUCUUGUCUUUCCCGUUGAGCUUCACGACCACCCAUUCUUUUACGACAUUCGACCAACUCGUCUCGUCAUGCACAACGAGUCUGCCUCGGACUACUGUCCGGAUACUCCAGAUACCAUGGACGCAAGCAGCCUUUACCAUGCCAAUAGUAACAUCGACGACCUAACUCUAGCUUUGAUGAAUCUCUCCCAAGUAUCGUCCUCGGAGUCCCAGCAGAACAUAUGCUGCUGUUGUGGUAACGCCGAGUGUCAAGCGACGAAGAGUUGGCUGGAUUCAAAGGAGAAGCUCGAGAAACGGUUGCAUCUCAGCGCAGAGGUUGGGUCUGCUCUACUACAGCGGCAUGAGGCAUACGUCAGUCAACACGAGUCUAAUAUGCGCACGCCAUGCGGUGCCUCAGAUGAUCUUGUGGAUGAGUCACUCCAAGACAUGCAUGGUGAAGUCAAUUCGCCUGUGGCCGAGCUGGUGAAAGAUAACGCUAUCCUGGAGAAGCGGCUAACGCAAGCGUUAUUGAACUGUGAAGUAGCUGAGGCAUCACAUAAGACCGUACUCCUGGAGCUAGAGGAAGCUCGGACGUCGGUGACGCGCCUGACUGCAUACCAAGCUCGUACUGUAGGGAUUGAAUCUCGACUAGCUGCUACUCUCCAAGAGAACGAUGACCUUCGGCAAGAGCAAGACAGUGAAGCACAAAAGGCAAAGACUGCAGAAGCAUGUAUUGCUGCUCUCAAGGACCGUACUGAUAAGCUACAAGCUGAGGUUCGUCGAUUGCAAGCUGACCUCGAACUUCGACGCUUGCAACGAUUAGAAUCGUCAGAAUCCCUACUACAAGAUGUCCGCUCUCGUUUAGAAGAUCUUCAUCACACGCAUACUAGUUCGGUGAUAACCGAGGACUCGGAGGUUAUGAAAGUGCUAGAGUCGCUGGUCUCUGACAAUGAGGUCCUUAAGGCCGACAAUAAGGAGCUCCAUAAGCUUCUUACCGAGUCAAGAGAAGACCUUCAAGUGCUGCGAUCACAAGCGGAGGAGAACGUCAACUUUCCACCUGCAGUACGAGUGGAUACGCCUUCAAGACAUUCACGGACGGGAAGUGGCCCAUCAUCAUAUAUUCGAGACUCGCUACUAAACUCUGUCAAACGUCCAUCAAGCUCAGAGCCAAGAGUUCGUCAUGUCUUUGAGCCGCUCACACCCGAGACCAGCCAGCGCCCACUUUCUCCAGCAGAGUCAAUGGUUCCCUCAGAAACGAAGUAUACCAAUCUGUACCCGCAAUACCCAUCUUCUCACUUCAGCUCGGAUGUGGAGGAGUUCGACCUCGAUCACCACUCGUUGCUCCCCAACCCUAAUCAGCAUUCCAAGGCGGUGCAGACAGACCGCUGUCUAGGGUUGCAUCCAAUGUCGUCUCUCAACGAGUUUGUGCCAUCUUUUCCUCAUGAUGGCCGAUCGGAUACGUCCUCCUUUCAGGAUGGUCAACCCUCACACCUAUCUGCUCUCUUAGAACGGAUGAUGUCGCUCUUGUUGCGUAUGUCGCAGGCAGAUGCGCUGACUCUGACAAACCGCUUAAAACGUCAGCACCUGCGUGGCGCGGACGUUAAGCACCUAUCACGCGCGACAGUAAGCAGUAUUCUCUCGGAGAUCACCCAGCUACGUGCACAGUACCGCAUGCUGCUGGAGGAUGAAAAGGUUACCCUCAUGUGCACCCGGAAGGAUCUGCGUGGGCUGUUCAAGUUUUUCAAGGACGUGUUUGAGGAACUUGGGCAGCUACGUGUCACACUGAAUGAUGUCAUUCUAGAACCUUCUAUAGCACAAAGGGUCAGUGAGAUGGCGCUAGACCCUGCAAAGGCUGAGGCGAUGGAGAGAGAGAGGAAGGCGUCUGGACCGGGCUCAAGUUGGAUGGCCCCAUUCUCGAAGCUCUUCGGUUCAUCGUUAAGCGAGUCGAGCACUCACCCUUCUCAAUCACCCCCUAGACCUGUAAGUCGAGGUCGUGGAGUUAUUCACCAGCCACGUCCGGUGCCAAAGCUAGGUCCGGCGCUUGCUGCAUCUGCUACCAUAGUCAACGUCGAAUUCUCGGGGGCGAGCAUUGGCAAGUCUGUAACAAGCACGUUCUCAGCUCACCCUGCAAAUGAAGCACAUCCGUUUGGCCCGACGUCUCACGUCGAUACCAUUCCUCACCCUCCUACGUCAACCUCAAAUGUACGCAGUGUCAUGGGCAUCUUCGCAGGUGCACCACACCCAAAUGAUACUGCAGACCCAUGGGUCGUUCUUCCCCGUGCUCCUCGUCGUGUCCGUUCCACAUUCUUCAAAUCAGAUGAGCCCUCGCAGAGCGAUACCACGACCAUCGACAGACCCAUCGCGUACAAGCGGAGCAAUUCGCACUUGUCACGCGAGAUUCGCGCUGACACUAGUCCAGAGCACGGCGAAGCGGAUGAUAUCCCUGGCCCCCUUCUCGAGCGUACCCUGCGUAGACGGGGUCUUUCAGACUCAUCUAUUCAUUCAACGUACAUGAGCCAGGUCGAACAACGUACACCUACUGAACCCAGCGCCGGCGGCGGGUCAGUAUUGCAGACCCUUAGCAGGACGAUGAGAAAUUUCAGCUUCGUUACGAGCCAGACGGUGUCGGGCUCAGUGACUUCGUCAUCCCCACCUAGUCGCAUGCCAGACGAGGCCGGUCCACGGGAAGGCCUUGACAUGCCACGCCCUCAUCCUCGCAGAGUAGCCACUCCAACGUUAUCGUCGCUCAUCCCAAACUUGAACAUAACAUCGUGGGCUACUGCCGGCGCCGCAUUGGAGAAUCCCCACUCGGGGCCGCGAGCAAUGUACUAUGGCAACGUCCGAGAGGAUUCCAUCAUGCCCAGACCAUGAGAAGAUCAGAGGAGGGAUAUUUAGGUUGACAGUACCGAUAAGCCUAAUCGACAUUUUUAUAUUGGGGAAAGUGUAGUUUAUCUAUUCAAUAAGAUAUACAUGCAGUGCUUGACUUAAUUGCUACACCGCCUUGAUUAUCCCUUCUCGUUGCAAUAUUAUUGUAUUAUAUCAAGUGCAAUAUUGCGUAG